UGAUGAUCUUGACAACCCACACUCUGAGACUGGCACCGCCCAACAGUCCCAUCGUCGGUCCCUUUCUCGAGCACUCCAAGGCGGAUGUGAUUCCACGUCAAUUGUGGACCUAGCACAAAACGACGCAGUCGAGGAUUGACCUACGUUGGCGCAUCAGUCGAUUUCAACCUGUCCGCCUCGGCCCUACGAUGUCCUUGAUGUUCUAGCGCCGUCCUCCUUACGCUUUUCUACGGGUCGCUUGAUAAGAUGGAGGAGUACUACAAGAACCACGUGCCCAAUUUUGGCGAUACUUCAUCAUGAUCACCAUGAAUGCAUUCUUCAGCUUUAUGGUGGAAGAGGAAAAGGAAUCUGCACAGCAUCACGCAAUCCACAAGACAAGCACAUCAGACAAGCCUUGGACGAAUAGCUUGUGGUGUCUUCAUCUUCAGCCAAUCACGUUCUGACCAAUUGCGUCGAUUUUCAUUUCCAUGGCAUCAAGAGUGGAAGCGAUCACACCAACUACAAACGUAAUAGCAACAGCAAGGCCAUCGAUGCAAGUGUUAUGACAGUCGGUAAGAUCGUUCAUGUUGGUUUCGAUCUACCGUUCUUCAUUCUGCUUUUGAUGCAACGUUGAUAUCAACCGACGCUUUCGCCAAAUGGCGGCCAGGAUUAUUGCGCCAUCCGCACUCUUUUGUUAUCAUGUAGGUAUCGGUGCAGACAGCCAAGGCGAUGGCUUAACAUUGCUUAUGCUACUCGCUGAUCCUGAGCUCACCGGCGCCAUGUCCCACGCCACUUGUAGGGUUGCAUCAAGAGGGUUGGACUUGGAACAUGUAUAGAUACGCUUCAUAGCUUGCUUCAAGCCGGUAACAGAAUAUUGAAUUGUUCAAAUAUACUGCCCAAAACCUAAGCACGUUUCAUCAUGUCGGCCGGCCCAGGUACUACCAACGUUUUGACGGAAGUCAUUGCUGCACGACCGCCGGUAAAGGUGGACCCAGAAGAGCGCAAACUAUCCGUUACUCUACCAGCGGAUGCAGAGGCGGCAUUGAAGCAUUCAACUGAAGCCAAUACCAGCGCGACACAAGACGAGGACGAUGGAUAUCCUGCCCCUACCGAAGAAGAAAAAGAAAGCUUGCGAAAGAUACCUGCCAAUAUUCCAUUGGUAUCCUUUGCGUUGUGUUUUGUCGAGUUUGCGGAACGGGCGUCUUACUAUGGAGCCAAAACGGUUUUCAACAACUUCAUCCAAUUCCCUCUCCCAGCAGGUGGAAAUGGAGCUGGUGCACCUCCUCGACAUACACAAAAGACAGCCGGUGCUCUCGGUAUGGGAUUACAAGCCAGCUCUGGGCUCACUUUACUGUUCAACUUUUCCGCCUAUGUAACACCCAUUUUCGGUGGCUGGCUGGCAGACGUGCACACCGGUCGAUACAAGGCCAUUUGUAUUGGCGUUGCGCUCGCCGGAGUGGCACAUCUCAUCCAGCUUUUUGGUGCUAUUCCGUCGGUGCUUCAAAAAGGUGCUGCGCAUGCGGCUCCUCCGUUCAUCAUCGGCUUGCUCAUUCUCUCCUUUGGCACCGGAUUAUUCAAGCCAAACAUUGCGCCCACCAUCAUGGAUCAGAAUCGGCAUCAAAAGGCUUACACCAAGGUUCUCGGGUCCGGAGAAAAGGUCAUUGUCGACCCCGAGCUUACGGCGACCAGAACCAUGCUUCUGUUUUACGGCUUCAUCAAUAUCGGCGCAUUUUACAUGUUGCCCACAACUUAUGCAGAAAAGUAUGUCGGCUUCUGGCUGGCAUUUUUACUGGCGGGCACGAUCUACUUCCUGCUGCCGAUCCUACUUGCCGUCAUGUACAAGAGGACGUACAAAGCUCCCCCAAGCGGCAGUUCGGAUUUAUCCAGAGCAUUCCGCAUCAUCGGCUUAGCUCUCAAAAGGAGCAAACUCAAGUUCUGGCGAAAGGACUUUUGGGACCAAGCGAAACCCACUGUCCUCGCACAGCAUGGUAUCAACGUCGACUGGACAGAUGAAAUUGUGGAUGACAUCCGCAGAACAAUUGAGGUCUGCGAAAUCCUUUUCUACAUGCCCAUCUGGUAUAUGAACGACGGCGGCAUCGGCUCUGUGACAACCAACCAGGCUGCAGCAAUGACCACAAACGGUGCACCGAAUGAUCUUCUGGGUAAUUUCAACCCGCUGACCAUUAUUGUCACCAUUCCCUUCCUUACCUAUGUGUUCUACCCUGCAUUAAACCGAUUCCACAUCAAGCUGGGCCCCAUCACCCGCAUUCUGAUCGGAUUCAGUUUCGCGACUGCCAGUUCGACCGUGGGCGCCCUCAUUCAGUGGCGAGUCUAUAAAACCUCGCCGUGUGGCUAUCAAGCGUCCACAUGCGACGAUGUGUCUCCGUUGAGCGUGUGGUGGCAGGUUCCCAUCAUGGUUUUCGCGGCCUGGUCGGAAUGCUUCUGCGCGGUCACCUCGUAUGAGCUCGCAUAUGCUCGUGCUCCGCCGAGUAUGAGAGGGUUGAUCACGGCCAUGUUUUUGUUCAUGAACGGACUGUCAGCCGCCAUGGGCGAAAUUCUGAUCCCUGCCACCAAAGACCCUUGGUUGAUCUACAUUUGGGCUGGGCCAGCCGUUGCCCUGGCGCUGCAAUCGGUCAUAUUUUUCAUCCGCUUCCGUCAUUUGAACAACGAGGACUUUAUACCCCAACGCAGCCCAGAGCGUGAAUUUGAACUCAAACGCGGAAGUGUCUCCAAAGGCUCCAAGGGUGCAAGGGAGUCCUCGGAGAAGGCAUGAAACGAAGGACCGAAAGGGCAAUCAAGUCCAGAUCGAGUGCUGACUGUACCUGCUUCUCCCUCUUAGCAACGUUCACCCAGUGCUCGUGGUCAAACUGCAGGACCACGUGAAUUAUCUGAUAAUGAACUGCUGGCUCAUAUUUUAGUACCAACACAGCAUACCAGUAGAAUAAUGGGCAAUCCUGCAAUGCAAUGUAUAUCCUUCAAACCGUCCUGUUCGUCAUUUGCACUCGCGUUGCUCCUCCUUGCCCACAUUUACUAUUGCAACUCCAGCACAAUGCACAAACAAAACCAGCCUAAUCUCGUCUUCCUUCUCGAGCGCGCCACAGGUCCGAUGGCGAUGCGAGCCACCGUUCGAUGGCUGGCCAACAUGACUGGAAACUGCUGAAAUGAAGACGACCACCUUCGAAUCUCCUCAAAGCUCACCUCAAUGAAGAAUGCCCCUCCGCUCGCUGUGAAGCCUUCGAGAUUGACUUUAUCCCACGACCACAACGUCAUCGCCUUCAGGCGCAGGCGGCAAGACGGCCAAUGCCAUGACCUCCUGUGGCAAUGCAGUAUUUUGGCAAGAGCACACAUCGCAGGGGUUUCAAUUCACCACCGGCGCUGCGUUCGAUCGUUCUCAACUGAGGUGGGGCAGAUUGGCUGCACAAUAUGACUUUCUGCUGCGGAAGCACCGUGCAAUGAAUCAGGAUGUGCUGAGGCCCACAGUGCCCACGCUUUCACAGCAAACCUCUGGCUGUCCAAAGUAGUCAUCUCCCUCCUCCAACUCGACCUCGGCCGUCAAUCUCUGCAUUGACUCUGGUCCCAGCACUCGAAUUCGGCGCAAACCCUAUACCUAGCAUCGAACCUGCGUCCCGCUCACCUUCUCUCGUCUCCACCUAUUUUCGGACCAUCAAGUCUUCCCACACUCGCACCUGCACGAACGAAAACUGUCCGCAAACCACGCAGAAAGAGAGGACCGGCCACACUGUCACACAUAUAGAAGAUCUAGCUCGGGGGGAAAGUGAGCACUAGGCAGUUUACCUCGAACUCCACAGAAGCUGCAGCGACCAGUUGCAAAUGAACCAGUCCAGAAGCAAUGGGGGAAGACUGAUUAAUCAAAACAACCAAACCAUGCGAAGCUAAACUUCUCAGUAUCUACAAAUGUGAUUAAUUCAUGUCAAUGUUUUGUUGUCAAAUACUAUCGAUGGUAGUACCAUAGAAGUAGAUUAAGGCAUAUCAUGUUCAUGUUCAUGUCUUGUGCUAAAUACAAUUCAAGAUAGUACCAUAAAGUAG